UGCAGACGAGUCAAACAGAGCAUUGAGCAUGACAAGAAUUGAAAGGCUUGAAGAGUCAGCAUUCAAAAGGAUGUUUUAAGCUGCAUUGAAAGAAAUAAGAUGAUUCUUUCUACCUAUCAUACCAUCCAAUCAGUAUUUUGCUGUUGUUGCUCUGUUCAGAAACGUGCAGUGACAACUCAAGUGAGUUUAGAUGAUAAUGCGGAUCUAAUGGAUGGUUAUCCUUUGAAUGAUGGCCCGGCACCAUGUCCUUCAAAUAUAUACAGAGCGAACAGGCCAGUAGGGGUCCCAUCAAGAAGGAAGCCUCCCCCACCACCCCCUGGUGAUGAGGAGGAGGGUAGGGAAGUCAGAGUGAUAGCACUCUAUGAUUUCUGGGCCCGGGAGUCUACUGAUUUAAGCGUCAGGAGAUAUGAAGAAUAUGUAAUUCUUCAGAAACUUGAUCCUCAUUGGUGGAAAGCGAGGGACAAACAUGGAAAUGAAGGAUUCAUUCCGAGCAACUAUGUGACUGAAAAGAAAUCGAAUAAUAUAGAAGCAUUUGAGUGGUACUGUAAAAACAUAACACGAAGCAAAGCAGAGCAGCUUCUUCGACAAGAGGCUAAAGAAGGGGCUUUUAUUGUCAGAGACUCGAGCCAGCAAGGGAUUUACACAGUGUCUGUUUAUACUAAAGCUGGAGGUGAACAAAAUGGAUCAGUCAGGCACUACCAUAUAAAACAGACGCAGUCAUCAAAGAAACAGUACUAUGUGGCAGAAAAACACCUUUUUGAUACCAUCCCUGAGCUCAUUAAAUAUCAUGAACACAAUGCAGCAGGCCUUGUCACAAGAUUUCGUUAUCCUGUUGGGCUAAUGGGAAGAUGUAUUCCUGCAACAGCUGGCUUCAGCUAUGAAAAGUGGGAGAUAAACACAUCUGAGUUAACUUUCAUGAAAGAACUGGGAAGUGGACAAUUUGGGGUGGUGCGCCUAGGAAAAUGGAGGGCUACGCAUAAAGUUGCAAUCAAAACCAUUUUUGAAGGUUCAAUGUCUGAAGAGGAUUUUAUUGAGGAAGCUAAGGUCAUGAUGAGAUUAUCACAUCCUAAUUUAGUUCAACUUUAUGGGGUUUGCACACAAAAGCGACCAAUCUGUAUAGUUACAGAAUUCAUGGAAAACGGUUGUCUGCUCAAUUAUUUAAGACAGAGACAAGGCCGACUUCACAAGGAAGCCUUACUGGGUAUUUGUGAGGAUGUGUGUGAAGGGAUGAAGUACCUUGAAAGGAACCAUUUCAUUCACAGAGACUUGGCUGCAAGAAACUGUUUAGUCGGUGACAAGAAUGUGGUGAAAGUAUCUGAUUUUGGAAUGGCAAGGUAUGUCCUUGACGAUGAGUACACCAGCUCAACAGGCUCCAAAUUCCCCGUCAAGUGGUCACCCCCUGAGGUCUUUCACUUUUCUAAAUUCAGCACCAAAUCAGAUGUCUGGUCAUUUGGUGUUUUGAUGUGGGAGGUAUUUACUGAGGGUAGAAUGCCUUUUGAGAACAAGUCAAAUGCUGAGGUUGUUGAUGAAAUAUCUCGAGGAGAGAGGCUCUAUCGACCAUCACUUGCUUCGCUCUCAGUGUAUCAAAUCAUGUACAGCUGCUGGCAUGAGAAACCAGAUGGGCGCCCUAGUUUUUGUGAGUUGUUGGACAUGAUCAAUGAGAUCACAACGAAUGACAAUAAGUGAAACGACUUCUCACACGCUCAAAAUUGUGGACGUGGAUUGAGAACAUUCAGAAAGCAUCCUGUGCAGGAGUUUUGUCUGUUCAUGUUUCACAGGCAACACAAAGUAUGUGCCUGAAGUAUCAGGAAUGAUGCCCAUUUCUUCACGGCAUCGGAUUACGCAGCACUGAAGUGCAAUAAGGACAAAGUUUCAAGAAAGGCGACAGGACAGUGACAUGUAGAUGGCUUUGUUAUAAUGCUGCAAAACAUCCUGCUGAGAUUUGUGGUUAUUAUAUAGUUUGGGGGACAAUUGUAAAUUACGUUAAUAAUGGUAUUCAUAUUUCUUUGUAGAAUGUAUUAUAAUUAUUUAAAUUUCGGUUGCUGUAGUCAUGAAUUAUAAUUAUUUAAAGUUAUCACAGCAACUGAAGGGGCAUAAUGUGUCACAUAUUCACUAAAAGAGAGUAUGCAAUAGAAAUAAAUUUUAUUAAGUUUAACAAAGUCGUCUUUAGCUACUUUAAACAUCUGACAAUUUAAAAUUAUAAAGAUAACAGAAAUCAUAGCAUUAAAACCAAUAAUACAGAUGUAUUAUUUGGCAGUGUAGAGUGGUUGCAGUGUUUUGGGCAACAUGCAAUGAUGUGAUGCAAUUAACAGCAGUAAAGCACCUGCAAAAGGUCAUGGAAGAACUUCCAGACAUCUAUUAUUUAAAAGAGACUCUUUUAGACAAGGCACAAAUAGAGUUGGGUCUAAUGUAUAACAGUAGUAAUAUUCUAUCUUUUCAAUGACCUGUGAACAUUUUGAGGCUGAGCUGAGCUUAAUUUCAAUCAAUUUUAUUGCAGCAUAGUCCUGCAAGUAAAGCAAUAUUUUUUAUUUUAUAAAUCUCUGUAGACAUCCUAGAAUAGCAAAAGAAUCUGUUUGUUCAUCUUUGAUUUAUAAAACUUUAGUGCAUUCAUAUAGAAACUAUCUCUUCUAAAGUAUGUCAAGUCUGUGAUAUCUACAAGUUGUUUGCAAUCAUGAAACUGUAGCCAGAAU